GUGUGCGUGUCUAUAGUUCCCAGGAUAUGCACAGGAACCGCAUCGAAAGGACAGCUUCGAUUCGGUGGCGCGGCUCGGUGCGACGCGUCGUAGCUGCAGCUAUAUACAACCUUUCCUGCUUCACUCACGGCUGCAGCACGGGAUGGGUGUCCGGGGUGCUCGGCAACGAAGCUCUGACCGGAGGAGCUUGGCUUGCAGCUCUACCGUGCCUCGUAGCUCUACCAGCGGCUCCCUUCUUCGCAGUGCUGGCUGACGCGAAAGGGAGGAAGGCAGGCGCCUUCUGCAUCAGUGUCAGUUUUAUUAUCAGCUGGUCCCUAGCAGCAUGGUGUGGACCGAGAGGGGUGUGGGCGGCGCGGGUGGCGGCGGGGGCGGGGGGUGCCGGUGCGCUUGCGCUCGCCCCUUUAUACUGCGCAGAAAUCGCCCCUAGGACUAGGGGACUUGCUGCGAUGCCAGCGUUGGCUUGCAGUUGCGGCAUUCUCUUCGCGUACGCCGCGGGCGGUAUGCUCUCUGCGCACGCGCUGUCUCUGUCUAUGGCGGCGCCGCCUAGCGUGUUGCUAGUCUCGUUGCUAUGGUUACCGGAGACUCCUUCGUUCCUCAUCAGUGUUGGGAGGAUACAGGACGCAGCAAAGGUGAUAUGCUGGUUCGACGGCUCCGACUUCAGGGAAGAUUUGACUGACGUCAUCGAGCAGCAAGAAGUCAAGAUCAGAACUUCAGACUGUUACGGAAGACGGGAGGCGAUGAGGAGGCAGGAUUCUGAUACGUUUCAGCCGAUGCUGAAGAGGAGCAGUGGGUUAGACUCCAAUUGUGAUAAGAAGGCAGAGCAGUCGGCUUGCAGGGAGUUGUUCCGUCACCGUGUCCCACGCCGUGCCCUAUGCUCAUGCAUGGUACUAGUCAUGGCGGCGGCCGGUAGCGGCGCGGGCGCCGUCAACAGCUUCGCGGCAGCUGUGUUGCGGCACACAGCACACACGGUGCCACGGCUCAACCUUACUGCAUACAACUUUACUAUCUACAACGGAACUGUGCCCCGUCCCUUAUUGGAUGCAUCUGAGGCUGGAUCUAUGCUGUGCGGAGCAGCAUUGGUUUUGGGAGCCGCAGUGGCUACUAUGACAGUCGACAAGCUGGGGAGAAAAAUGCUUUUACUCUGGUCCUGCUCCGGCAUUGCUUGCUGUCUCGCCAUCCUCGGAGUAUACUGCGACCCUCGGCUUCGUAUGUACUCCUGGUACCCCCACCGCCUGUGGCCUUACAGAAGAAGCCCUAUCGACCAUAUCAGGGGCAAACACAUAGAAAUACCUCAAAAUUUGACUGCUUACGUCAAUGAUAACGUUACUAAUAAUUUAAUUAUGAAUACUACAGAGUCUGAGAAACCUUGGCAUAGAAUCGGUGAUGAAAAGGACAAUUCUAGUCAUGGUGAUGUAUUAUGGGGCAAGAAAGAUAAUGAUGAAGUAAAAGCAAGUGAAGACGAAACGAUGAUGGCCCCAAUAUUGCUGUUAUCAGUGGUGCUCUUCCUUUACAAUAUAGGGUUAGGAUCUGUGCCGUAUGUACUGAUUUCGGAGCUGUUUUCUAUAAACGUUCGAAGCCUCGCGUCCAGUUUCAUCAUCUCUUGGAUGUGGCUCAGCAGCUUUCUCCUUCUUCGCUACUACGGGACUAUUGCCGUCUCUCUCGGACUCCACAGUACCUACUAUAUCGGCGCUGGCGUCACUCUAUUAGGCUCUUUGUACACUCUACUAUUUAUACCUGAAACUAAAGGAAAAAGUCAGGAACAGAUAGACGAGGAGCUGGAAGGACCAUGGAUUGUUUUAAAGAAGAAGAAGAAUAGACGAUGACAGAGACCUUCAAGGGUUUUGGCACUGAUUUGUCUAUGAAAAGAGGUUGAAAUCAGCUGUUGAGGUCAAUGACACGAGUUUCCGAGAAUGCAGGAUUCAUAUCUAGAGAGUAACGCCAUCUGU